AUGACCGAACCCAAUGUGAUUGAGGAGAAGGAGGAAGAAGAGGCCACAACAACUAUAGAGGCUUCUGUAACUCUUGAAGUCGGAGCAACGGAAACUCCUCCUGCUGAACCUACUACUGCUUCUGAUACUUCACCUGGUACUAUUCCUGCUGCGGUUCCCCUAAACCAGCUUCAACCACCGGAGGUUUGGACGAAUUUGGUAGUUCCAGAGGUCCCGGUUUCCGAGUGGCAAGACGACCCAAUUAUGCACGAGGUCGGCCAGUAUAUCCGUAUCUCGAUCGUCAAUGAUGUCGACGGAUUGAUAAGCGCAAUGGCCACAGAGCUAGGUUGGACGUCAGAGGAGAUAACUGUCUACGCGGCCCAUAUACGGCGAGAGAUGUGUGGCCUGAAAAUACACGCGUACUAUCACGGCGGUAACGCGUAUGCACAGAAACCACUAAAUGCAUAA